ACGUGGCCCAGGGAGCUGACCUGCAGGAGACUUCCCGGCAGGCCCGGCCCCGCGUGUGCCCCGUCUUGUGCAGGCUGGCCAAUACAGCCAUUGUCCUUCACGCCGGUCCCAGCCCCCCCGGGCCAGGGCUGGGCGGCUGCACCCAGGAACACCCGCGGGCCUCUGGCCUGCCGAGGGCAAGCGUGCAUCUGCUCUGCCGGCCUCUGGAAGGCGCUGUCCUGUCCCAGCCACCGUUCUGCCUCUAGCCCUGCUGCUCCCUGCAUACCCCGGCCCCUCUAGUUGCGACCAGUGCCCACCCCCCACCCCACGGUUGCCAUGAGAACCAGGCACACGGCAGGAGGCGGGGGUGGCAGCCAGGCCAUCCCCCUUUCGGUCUGGAAAGCCUCCCCUUCCCCAGUUCCUGUGCCUAGACUAGUCAGUUUCUCACCCUGGAGGCUGCGGGCAGGGGCUGGGGACCAGGCACCAAGCUGAUGUGGUAGGGACUUCCUUCAGCCCACAGCCUACAAGAUCUCCUGUCCUCGUGGAGCCCAGUAAAUGUGCGGAUCGGGCCGACACGAAAUGAACUUGCCCAGGGCCCUGGAUCUAAUGGACCUACGCGGGGCAGGUCUUGGCCUUUGGAGCCAAGGGCAUCCAUGACUCAACCCUCCACAGUUAGACGGUUCCCCAGCUCAGCAUCUGGUUUGGGAGGGGCUGGUGGGACUGGAGAAUGGAGAUCACCAUGUGGUUUGUAAGUGGCCCACGUGCAAACCUGCCCAGGGCAGUGACAGUCCUCCACGCACCUCGACUCUGAUCCCAGGGAGCCUAGGAGCGUGCCCUUGCCCUGUAGAGCCCCGGCAGCCUGGGGACAGGAGGGCUGCAGGCCCCGCUCAGCCGUGCCCAUCUGGCCCCAGGAACCUUCAGAGCUUGGCACCUCCAGCCUGGCGGAGCGGAGCAGGGCCCAGCGGGGCUGGGAGCAGACCAUCUGCUCCUGCGAGACCUCAGCGGAGGUGUGAAUUCCGGAGCUUGGGGCUCCUCCAGGGUCCUGCUCUGAGGCCACGGCCAAGCCACCAGCUGCCCCCGGGGUGGGGGCUGGCGGGACCGGCAGGCUGCUCCCUGGGUGUGGGUACCCCGGUUGGAGCCCAGGCCCGCACCCUGAGAACGAGGGAGCGCUUGUCAGCUGGCGCUCGGCACAGCCCAACCAACUGCCAGCAGGCCACACGGGUCCCAGGCCCACCGCACGGCCCCUUUAAAUGCGGCCCCGCCAGCCGCCGCCAGGGGAAGCACUGAGCAGCCGGCGGCCUCCGCGCCGCUGCCUCGAAGCUUCUGCCGGUGCCGGGGACGCCGCGGAGCGGAGAAGGCGGAACGGGCGCAGGCCUGCGCAGCCCACCGGGCGCGCGCAGCGGGGAAGCAGCGCCCAGGUAAGGGAUCGGGGGCCGCUGCCCCACGGGCCCUGUCAUGGGGGGGGGGGGGCACCCGCAAGGAUGGGGUCCUACUUCAGAGCUACACCGGCGGGUCCUCACUCCGGGCGCUCGGGGCGGGGGCAGGGCUGGGCCGGGCCGCGGGGAGACCCGCGGGAGGGGCGCGUUAGGCCUGGGGCCCCUGCAAGGGCCGACCGCCCCCGUGCCCACGAGGAGGGAUGUCACCCAGCCCAGCUCCAUCCUUACCGCUGCAGAGGCGAAGCGGAGCUGUCACCUCCCUGGGGCGGAGCUUCAUGCCCUGUCAUCGGACCCCCAAUUCCAGCCUGGCUUUGAGCUUAAGAUGGAAGGGAGUGGGAAGGGGACAGUCCUAUGAGCAGGGACAGAAUUGGGGUGGGCGCAAGGCUGCGAUGGGACGGGCCACUGGGACUUCAUGGCCCUGACCCAGAAGGGCAGCCCUGCCGGCAGAAAGCCCCUGGCACACCUGGGACACAGGGUCGGCCUGACCAGAGAUCCUGGCAGGUGCUUCUGACGCCGGCAUGGAGCAAGUGCCUGGGGCCUCGGCCACCGCGGGCAGCCAGGACUGCUCCGCCCACUGGGUCCCAGGUAAGUCAGGCCAGCGUAGGGGUGUAGCCAGCUCUGGGUUGCAGAGGGGUCACCCUGACCCGCAUCUCCCACCAGGGCAAAAGCCCGGAAAGGCAGAGUGAGCUGCGACCGCCAGCCUGGGGACCUCUUUUAAAAUGACCCGCACGGACCCGCCGGACCUGUUGGUGUCGACCGUGUACCAGGACAUCAAGGUGGCGGCCCCCGGGCCCGCGUCGCGGCGCCCGCCAUGUGAGCGCCCCGUGCCCCCGCCAGCUGCGCCCGCGCCUUUCAACAAGCGCCACUGUCGCAGCUUCGACUUCCUGGAGGCGCUGGACGGGGAGGCCAUGGAGGCCCGCCCCGAGCCGCCGCCCCCGGAGCCGGCCGUGCCGCGCGCCCGACCCCGCGAUGGCGAGCCCCGGCGCCGCGCCCGCUCCAAGAGCGCGCCCCGCGCGACCCCGGGCCUGGCGCCCGCGCCCGCCUCGCCGCCGGUGCUGCCGCGCCGAGGCCGGGAGGCCCAACGGACAGCGCGGGGCGAGGCAUCGCCGCAUCGGGAGCCCGCGUACCCGGCGCUGCGCGCGCUCGCCAAUGAAUUGCACCCCAUCAAGCUGCAGCCGCAGCGGGGCGGCCCCGGCCGCAUCGCGCCCCUCUGCGCCGCCACGGGCCGCUGCGCGCCCCCCGAGCCGCCCGCCGGGCCUGCACCCCAUGUCCGCUGCCGCCUGGACAUCAAGCCGGACGACGCCGUGCUGCAACACACCGCCCGGGGCUCGCGGUCCUGCGGGCCCGCGGAGACCAUGCCCUGGGCACGCCCUGCCCCGCAGCUCCACGGCCUCACGGUGCCCGGACCUCGCCACAUGGCGCUGUCGCGCACCCCCACCCCCAGUGACACGUACUGCGCGGAUCCGCGAGCGCUGUACUGCGACGGUCCCCUGCCUGGGCCCCGGGACUAUACGGAGCGCCGAAGUCUGCCCUUCACCACGCCGCCGGGUCCCACCCAAUUCUUCUACACCGAGGAGCCCGAGGGCCACGCUGGUGGCUUUACGGCCAGCCCUGGGCUGCCCUUCGACGGCUACUAUGCCAGGCCCUUCCCGUCGGAGGAGCCCCCUGUGCCCAGCCCAAGGCGCGGCGGCGGCUACUACGCAGGGGAAGUGCGCACCUUCCCGGUCCAGGAGCCGCCCUCCCGUUCCUACUAUGGGGAGGCCGCUCGAGCCUACGGCCCGCCCUACGGCCCGCCCUGUGGCCCCCGCUAUGUUCCCGAGGAGCCGCGGGCCCACCCCGCUCUCCGCCCCUUUUACACAGAGGACUUCGGGCGGUACCGCGAUCGCGACGUUCUAGCUCGGACUUACCCACACCCACGAGGCAGCCCCGCCUGGGGUGACUGGGGCCUGCGGCCUUACCGCACCCUGCAGGUGGUGCCUCCCCCGGACCCUGGCCCAUUGCUCGCCUCUUGGCACGGCGGCACCGGCACCAGCCCGCCCCGGUUGGUCACUGACAGCCGCCACUACUCGCGCUCCUGGGACAACAUCCUGGCGCCGGGGCCGCGCCGGGAGGACCCCCUGGGCCGCGGCCGCAGCUACGAAAACCUGCUGGGGCGAGAGGCGCGGGAGCCGCGAGGCGCAUCCCCCGAAGGCCGGCGUCCGCCCGUCGUCGUGAACCUCUCCACCUCGCCCAGACGCUAUGCGGCGCUGUCUCUGUCCGAGACGUCGCUGUCCGAGAAGGGCCGCGCGGGCGAGGGCCCGGGCCGCAACUGGUAUGUCACGCCUGAGAUCACCAUCACCGACAACGACCUUCGAGCCGGGGAGCGACCGCCAGCCAGGGCCUGGGAGCUGCCCGGAGGGCGACCCCGGCCGUCUCCGCCCGCCGCCCCAGAUGGGCCCACUGGUGGCCGCCAGCGCAGCCUCGAGCAACUGGACGAGCUCAUCACCGACCUGGUCAUCGACUCUCGGCCCCCCGCGGGCCAAGCCCCGGAGCCCGCGGCCGAUGGACUGGGCCGCCAGCUGCGCCGCCUGCUGGACUCCAGGCCCGCGGGCUCCGGGGCACCCGCGCUGGCGCCGCGCUCGCCACCCGCGUCCGCCGGCAGCGCCGAGGAGCCGGCCGGCCAGGGGCAGGCUGCCGACGCGUCCCCGGAGCCCAGCGCCGACGAGGACGACCUGAUGACGUGCUCCAACGCACGCUGCCGGCGCACCGAGACCAUGUUCAACGCCUGCCUCUACUUCAAGUCCUGCCACAGCUGCUACACCUACUACUGCUCGCGCCUGUGUCGCCGCGAAGACUGGGACGCCCACAAGGCACGCUGCGUGUACGGCCGCGUGGGCAGCGUGUGCCGCCACGUGCUGCAGUUCUGUCGCGACAGCGGCCCCGUUCACCGCGCCUUCUCGCGCAUCGCGCGUGUCGGCUUCUUGUCGCGCGGUCGCGGCGUGCUCUUCCUGGGCUUCCCGAGCCCUGGCUCUGCAGACAAUUUCCUGCGCUUCGGCCUCGAGGGGCUGCUGCUGUCGCCCACCUACCUGUCGCUGCGCGAGCUGGCCACGCACGCGGCGCCCCUGGGCAGCUACGCGCGCGAGCUGGCGGCCGCCGGGCGCCUCUACGAGCCGGCCGAGUGCUUCUUGCUCAGUGUGUCGGUGGCCGUGGGCCCCGGCGCCACGCCCCCCGGCACCUCCGCCCGGCCCGUCCCCGCACCGCGCAGCCCUGGGCCCACGGUGCGUAAGUUCGCCAAGGUGGCGUUGGCGGCCGGCAGCCCGGCUCGACCGCCCCCGGCUCGAGGUCGCGAGGCCGACAUGGAGACGCUGAUCCUGACUCCGCCGCCAGGCACCGCAGGCCUGGACCAAGAAGGCGAGGCAGGCCGGCGCGCGCGCGAGGUGGCCUUCAUCCACAUUCAGCGCGAGCUGCGGCUGCGCGGCGUCUUCCUGCGCCACGAGUUCCCGCGCGUCUACGAACAGCUCUGCGAGUUCGUCGAGGCCAACCGGCGCUUCACGCCCACCACCAUCUACCCCACGGACCGGCGCACCGGCCGCCCCUUCAUGUGCAUGAUCAUGGCUGCCUCCGAGCCGCGCGCACUCGACUGGGUGGCCAGCGCCAACCUGCUGGACGACAUCAUGUGAGCGGUGGGGUCACCCCCCGGCCACCGCCCAGCCCGCUCAAACCCCGCCCAGUCCACAUUGGGCCCACCCCCGGGCUCCACCCAGCCCGCUCAGGCCCCCGCCCAGAGCACAUUGGGCCCACC